AUGAAAAAAAAAUUGUAUAAUUUAAUCCUUAAAAGAAAUUACACACGUUGUGGCGGUUUAAGGAGACCACAAAAAGUAACCAAUGACCCAGAAAGUAUUAAUAGAAAGGUUUAUUGGUGUUUUGAACAUAAACCUGUUAGAAGGACUGUAAUUAAUUUAAUAUUUUCCCAUAAUGAACUAAAAAACUUUUCAACUCUUUUAAGAAAUACAAAUGCUAGCUCAUCGCUAAUUCAUGAGCUGUCAUUGGAAGGGCCGUAUACGGGAUUUCUUCCUUCAGACGAGGCCUUAAAUUUAUUGAGUGCAAAUAGCUUAAAUAAAUUAUAUAAUGAUGAUAAUAAAAUGUCUGAAUUUGUUUUAAAUCAUUUUACUAAAGGUUUAUGGAUGUAUAGAGAUUUAUAUGGCUCAUCCUAUCAGCCCUGGCUCAUAUACAACGAAAAACGAGACGCCCCAGAAAAAUUAACAACUUUAAUAAACAACGAUAUAAUUGUAAAAAUAAAAGGGGAAUUUAAAAAUUGCGAUCAUUCUAUAUAUUUAAAUGAAGCAAAAAUUAUAAGACCCAAUAUGAAAUGCCAUAAUGGGAUAAUUCAUAUCAUAGAUAAACCAAUAAUUUUUUAG